GCGGCUCCCCCCCCAUAUCUCAGGUCUGAUCAUAAAGAACCGGGAGAACCCCUCCCCGCCCAGUAAACCCGUUGUCCUAAUCAAGCGCCCUUUACGGUAAAGGCGACGAGCUGCCGGCUGCUCUGCGGGAAGACGAGGGGACCAGCUAGCGGCGUCGACACGUGAUGAGCCGGGGGUCGUACGUUCGGGGAGGCUCGCCGUGGGCUGUACCGCUGCGUUCUCAACUUGGAUAAUGAGUCAAGAGAACUGAAGAAGGCAGGUGUUCUGUUGGGAGCAUUGCUGAACCAGUGAGAGGCCCGACGAGGAUGCUGGAGGUGAACGCAGAACCAGCGAGUGUAGAGGCCGAGGGAGAAAAGGAUACUGGGAUGGGGAGCGGGGACCUGAAGUCCGAGGUGUUGCGGUUGACUUUGGAGCUACAAGAGGCCACUGAAGAGAAGCUGCAGGCUGCCCGCUAUGGCCUGGUGGUGUUGGAAGAGAGCGCCGCGUUGAAAACAAAACACAGACAGCUGGAAGAGGACCAUGAGGCCCUCAAGCUGGAGCUGCAGCAGCUCAAAGAGGCAUUUGCAGAUUCUGUGAGUAGCCAAAAGCGCGCAGCUGCUGAUGGAGAGUGCCGGGAGGAGAGUCUGCUGCAGGAGACAGCCACGAAGGAGGCUGCCAUGGCAACCCGCAUAGAAGAAGUCCAGGCAGAGUUAAAGCAGUCGCGCCUCGCUCUAGGCAAUGCCCACGCAGAGAUCGAUAGACUGGGGGUCCUCUCCACCCAGCUGAAGAAGGAGUGUGAGUGUCAAGAGGCAGAAAAGGGCCACCUGAGGGACGAGAUGAAGGAGUAUAAAGUGCGUGAGCUCCGUCAGCUGCAGGACAACAGUGAGCUAGAAGAGGAGAACAUCUCCUUGCAGAAACAAGUGUCUUUGCUCAAGGAGAACCAGGUGGAGUUUGAGGCCAUCAAGCUGGAGUUGACCCAGAAGGAGGAGGAGCAGGAGGAACUGCGGGCUCAGUUGGAGGAGGCGGCCAGACUUCGGGAGAUUGCUGAGAGGCAGUUGGAUGAGGCCCUGGAGGCCCUGAAGGAGGAGAGGGAGCAGAAGAACAGCCUGAGGAGGGAGCUCUCAGCCCUGGCCCUUAACCCCUUUGACUCUGUGGGGAACCUGGAGGUUCACCUGGAGCAGCUGGACGACAGCCAGGAGGGGGGCCGGGGAGGAGAGGGUGAGGGAGAGGACCAGGACAGUGGCUACAACAAUGGUCCUGGGUCCACUCCCGGUUCUGCUCACCCUCCUCUCUUGGGGGGCGCCAAAACUAACGGCCUCAUCCAAUGCUACUCCACUCCACGAAACAGCGACGUUUUCCUACGAGCCCCGGCCUCCGGGCUAGUAUCUGACCUGCUGAGUGAGCUGCACUUUUCAGACAGCCAGAAACUUAAACAGCAGCUCCUACAGGCAGAACGAGAGAAAUCUAGCCUGGCUAGUACAGUAGAGGAGCUGCAGAUGCAGCUGGUUCUAUCAAAACAGGCCCUCAGCCAGCAGGACGACAAAGUGGGCUCUCUGACCCAGCAGCUGGAGGCCUUGCAGGGCAGCCAGCAGCACAUCAUCCCCCAGAUGACUGAGGAGCAGGGUGACGACGAGGCGGAGAAUGGUAACGGUGGCAGUGUGACCUUUGACUAUGAGCUGGACACCAAGAGCACGGAAGUGCUGGAGGCCCGCAUGCGCGCAGCAAGUGACGAGCUUCUGAAGUUGAGGGAGGAGCUGUCGCAGGCAGGGGCUCGCUACAACAACCUGGAGCAGCGCUGCAAGCAAGAGAAGGAGCGCUGGAGGUCAGAGGCCCAGGAGUUGGCAGACAAGAUCCGCCAGUGCAUCAAGUCCAGCAGGCAGGACCAGGAGCGCAUCAGUGAGCUGGAGAAGGAGAUUGGAGCCACCCGCAAAGUGGCCAGUGACUCCGAGGGCCACCUGAGUGUUGCCCAGGAGGAGCUGCUGGCCUUCUCUGAGGAGCUGUCCAACCUCUAUCACCACAUCUGUGUGUGCAACAACCUGACACCCAAACGGGUCACCUUGGACUACUACCGUGAUGGCGCCAGGACUAGCGGUAGUGGGGGCAGCGGACGGAAGUUGCACCACCUCCAGCCACAACAGCAUCAUAGGAAGCAGCGCCCCAGUGACAUGUUCAUCUCCAAGGCUGCGGCACUGCAGUUCAUGGGGGAGGUCGACAGCAUGGGAGGCAGUGGGGAUCCCCCAACUUGCCCUGGAUCUCCCACCCUGGAUUUCAGGGAUCCCUCCAAUGUUCGCAACCUAGUGGCUGUUAUCCGCUGCCAGAUUAAACACCUCCAGGUGGCUGUGGACCUGUGUCGACAGAGGGGUGCGCUGCCUUGCUCAGCAUAUAGCUAUAGCGGGGAGUCUGAACGGGAUGCUGAGACCCUCAUGGAGGAAGUUCUGAAACUGAAAUCCCUUCUCAGUACCAAGAAAGAACAGAUCGCUACCCUCAGGACCGUCCUCAAGGCUAAUAAACAGACAGCGGAGUUGGCUCUGUCCAACCUGAAAACCAAGUAUGAGACGGAGAAGAGCAUGGUGUCAGAGACCAUGGUGAAGCUGAGGAACGAGCUAAAAGCCCUGAAGGAGGAUGCUGCCACCUUUUCCUCACUUCGUGUCAUGUUCGCCAGCCGAUGUGACCAGUAUGUCACCCAGCUGGAUGAGAUGCAGAGGCAACUGGCGGCGGCCGAGGACGAGAAGAAGACCCUGAACUCUCUGCUGCGGAUGGCCAUCCAGCAGAAGCUGGCCCUGACCCAGCGCCUCGAGGAUCUGGAGGCUCCUGUUUCUCCCCACAGCCUAAGCAGCAGCCCCCGCCGCUCCCGGGCCAAGGAGCUGGGCACAAAGUCAGGCCGGGCCCCCCGGAGCCCCCGCAGUAGCCCUGCACGCCCACCGCUGAGGAACAGUCCACGUGCCAGCCCGAUUCUAGGCAGCAGCGUUCCCACCACGGCCACACACCACCUCCGAGCCCUUACCCGAAGUCUCCACACCAGCCCUCGCUGAAAAAGCCUGUUCAUCACUCCAAACCCCCACCCCACCAUAAGGACCUGUCUUCAUGUUGACCCCCUGGCCUCCUCCUCUUUUCCCGACCCGAGACAUCCUGUCCAUCCCAGACCUGAUGCCACAUUUCCCGCUCUGCCCGCCAGAGUUGUGGAUUAACAAACUAAACCAAACCAUAUCUCAUCCCGUCUUCUCUGUCCUCUCUGCUCGGAGCGGAGACGCCUGCAUGCAGCCCCGGAGAAGAAGGAUGAGGAGACAAACCUCCCGCUCAUUGCUCUGUGAUGUCUGUUACCGUGUCAUUGACUGUCAUGUCCAGGAGGGGUUCCGGCUCCCAUCUCAUAGUCUUGUUCAAGGCUGUGCAUUGUGACGAUCCACUGACAGUAUUUAUUCCAGACGGAUGGACUGACUUCUCGUGUACAGUAUUUACUGUUUGUUUCCUCACAGGCUUUUCUGACUGAAAACUCACUCAUUUGUGUCACCAUAUGCAAGUCUGUUCCACUGCUGUAUAUCUUGACACCCUUGCCUUUUAGUCUGUCCUCCUGACGAGGCCUGUCUGGCCCCAGCUAGUGUUGGUAACCCCCUCCACCAACUGUAGUAACCCUCCCAACUAAUACGGCUUUCUAGAACACUGUAGCCUUACUCAGAAUUAUUGUACUCCUUUUAAAGAGUUAGCUGUUGACUUGAGGUUCAUCCCGACGACCAAUGGUACUGUUAAAAACCUUUUUAUAUGUCCUGGGUUGUUGUCCGACCUCUUUGGCUUUAGCCUGUCAGCUAAUACCCUUUAACCAGAGGUCAGUAAACGGGACAUUUUACCUAAAGGAAAUAGCUUGGCCAUAUUUUCACCACCUCAGGAUUAACACCAAGGAAAUCAGUUAAACAGGGUUUGGCACAUGGUUAAUGGGCAUCAUACUUGCUUUGCAAACUAUGCAGACCAGGUCAGGCCAGUGCCUGUAUCGUUGCCAUCGGUUCACCAGGAGCAGGGUGGGCUUCCCAGCCUACCUUUACUUACGCGGUAAUAUCACCACGCUCCACUGCAGCCAUCUGACCACUGCCAUCAUGUCGAAGUCACGUGAUAACACAAACCGGUGUUGGUGCAAGAAACCCACUGACUCGUAGUUUACCCCCCCUGCAUCGUGUUCUACAGGGCUGCAAUAACACUGUGUUUUUGUCAUUUCAGAUUUCCCAGGGUCCUGAUUUACUUAAAACCCACUACUAGAAAUGAAAACGCGCCAGUCCUCUGCUAGGGCCCCCUGUCACGUGGUACUUUACCAGGGUAACCUUCUGCAUGCGAAACAGUGAAGCUUUGCCUCGAGCUCAGUCAUUCAGCAUUAGAUGUGUGUCUGUCAUUUUAAUACGCUAUAUUACCACCACUUUAAAGGGAUUCGGAGAUGCUGACAUUGAAAUAAUUGUUUUACUCCACCAUAGCACCGGCGUGCGCUCCGGCACGUUGGUGACGUGAGAAUCUGCCGGGCAUGUUGGCAUUUCACAGGAAACUUAAGGGUGCGCCUCGCGGCAGGCGUGUUCGCUUGACUCCGGUCUCAGUCUGGACCGCUGACAGUGAUGGCAGGUGGUUCUGACUUACUGAAGAAAAAGGUCUUGAGAGAUUGCCCCGCCUGUCGGUGAAGGUAAAUAUGAUAAGUUGGACGGAAAUGUCCUUUUCAACAAGCGUCGCCGACGCCUAAAUGUUCCCCGAAUGUGACGUUACGCAGCUCGGGCACCCGGACCUGUCAGACCAAACUGCAGAAACUGAGAAUACAAAAGUAAUAUUUAAAAGAAACAAAUCUGGAGCCAUCUCUUCAGGAUCCAGGGCAGUAGUGGAAUUAGAAAACUGAUCUGCGCCGCAGUCGCCACCGCCACACGGUCUGUUGCACACGGUGCGUUUUGAACUUCGAGACAUUCUCGGUGGACCUGACGGGGCCACUCAACAUUUGGAAAUGUCUUGAAGGGGAAAAAAACGUGGGGAAGUGUCUCAAAUAAUGGUUUAAAUUUUACCAUCUCGUGGUUUCAUAGAAGAAUAAUGUCACGCCCCGCUGAUUUGAUUUUACGUUGAAACGUUAGUGCCUUGAUUUCCCCUGUAGGUCAUUUGGUUUUAGGAUAAAUCCCUGGAGAGGAUGAGCUGUGAGCCACACUGUAGAUGCGUUUCCUUUCGCGGUUUUAAAGUUCCGUCAUGCUUGCUUUUGAGGAAACUCAUUGGCUUGUUCGCACUGAUUGAAAAGGGACGUUUUGUUGUGGUCAGACAUUUUUACUUCGUAGCGUAAGCCCAUUGUGUGAUUUCACGACGGUCCACAUUAGCCGCCCCGGGAAUCCAGGGUCGCCUUGCCUUUUCUGAGGCGACUGCAUGCAGACGCGGUCAUGUGAUGGACGACGGAGAGCACGAGGAAUUUGACUAGAUCCCGCGUGUUCGGCGCUAGAUACCGGUCGUUAGGUAGAUACCGGUCGUUAGGUUAUGACCGGAGAUGAACCCACGUGGGCCUGCUUAAGAGUACAAAUGUCUCACUCGUAAUGAAAUGUUGCAGUGGAAGUUGUAAAUGGAUCCCUGUAUCUGUCAAGUCACAUCGUCCACAGAUGUGGGUGUAAUUUAAGUAGUUAUUGUUGUAUAAUGUUUUUGAUUGGCAACUGUAUUUAUGUGGUCUGUUUUUGUGUAAAUUAUAGGAAAUGUCAUACAUGCCCCACAUGCACAUUUGGUGGUCCUAGACUACUGAUGUGUGUGCGAGUUCCUUUUAUUGAUCUGUGAACCACAUUUGUCAUGAAGAAUAAAACACUGUACAUGUAA